CCCCCCCCCUUGCCCAGAGUUGCUUGUGAUCGGGGAGGCGGGGGAAGCGUUUUGGAGCCGGGAAUUGAUCGGAAACGGUAACGAAGAUUCAACUGUACAUACAAUCGCCUGAAUAUACAUGCAUAGAAUUGGGAAUGCAAGUGGUGAAUAAUCACAAAAGGCUAGAUUCUUCCAUCCUUGCUCACAGUACCUCCUGCAGGAAGUCAGAAGGAGGACAGAGAGAGAGAGCACCAUGUCUUCAAUUGCAGCUUAUUACAAUGGAAAGACUGUACUCAUCACAGGAGCCACGGGUUUUAUGGGCAAAGUACUGAUGGAAAAGCUACUGCGCUCCAGCCCUGAUGUGGAAGCUGUUUAUAUCCUCGUGAGGCCAAAGGCAGGACAAUCAAUGCAAGAGAGAGUGGCAAACAUGGUGAAAUCCAAGGUCUUUGACAGAGUCCGGGAAGAUUGCCCUAACUUCCAGGAGAAGAUUAAGCCAAUUAAUGCAGAACUCACUCAGCCAAAUCUGGCCAUCAGCGCCAAGGACUCGCAGGAGCUCCUGUCCCAGGUCAAUGUUGUCUUCCACUGUGCAGCAACAGUUCGCUUUGAUGAGCCACUAAAACAUGCCCUGCUGCUAAAUGUCAUGGGCACACAACAGCUCUUACUGCUGGCCCGGCAGAUGCAGAAGCUCGAGGCCUUUAUCCACAUCUCCACUGCCUAUGCAAAUUGUAAUCGGAGAAAUAUAGAUGAAGUCAUCUACCCACCACCUGUUGAGACCAAGAAGCUCUGUGACUUAGUGGAGUGGCUGGAUGAAUCUAUCAUUCAAGAGAUCACACCCAAGCUGAUUGGGGACUGGCCCAACACGUAUACAUACACCAAAGCCUUGGCAGAGUACCUGGUCCAGCAAGAGAAAGAGCACUUCAACGUUGCCAUCAUCAGGCCAUCCAUCGUGGGAGCCAGCUGGCAUGAGCCUUUCCCAGGUUGGAUUGACAACUUCAAUGGAGCAAGUGGAAUGAUUAUUGCGGCUGGUAAAGGGAUUCUGCAAACUGUCAAAGUCAAUAAUGAUGCAGUAGCAGAUCUAAUUCCAGUAGAUGUCGUCAUCAACCUCAUCCUAGCGGCUGGGUGGUACACUGCAGUUCACAGACCAAAAACAAUGAUGGUGUACAACUGUACAACAGGUGGAAUCAACCCUUUCUGCUGGGGAGAGAUAGGAUACCAUGUCAUAUCCACAUUCAAAAGGAACCCCCUUGAGCAGGCCUUCAGAAUACCCAGGGCUCAGACGACCUCAAAUCACCUGAUAAACCAGUACUGGAUAACUGUCAGUCAUAAGGCUCCAGCCAUGCUCUAUGACUUCUACUUGAGAUUAACAGGAAGAAAGCCCAGGAUGAUGAAGAUCUUCAAUCGGCUGCACAAGUCUAUGAUGCUUCUGGAAUAUUUCACCUGUCAGUCCUGGGAGUGGUCUUCAGAAAAUAUGAACAUGUUAAUGACCCAGCUCAGUCCAGAGGACAGGAGAUUAUUCAACUUCGAUGUGCGUCAGCUGCAUUGGUCGGAAUACAUUGAAAAUUACUGCAUAGGAGCAAAGAAAUAUUUGCUGAAUGAGGACAUGUCUGGGAUUCCUGCUGCAAAGCAGCACUUACGAAAGCUAAGGAACAUCCAGUAUGCAUUCAACACCACCCUCCUUGUGAUCAUCUGGCGCAUUUUCAUUGCAAGGUCGCAGAUGGCUCGCAACAUCUGGUACUUCGUUGUGAGCCUUUGCUAUAAGUUCCUUUCCUAUUUCAGAGCAUCAAGUACCCUCAGGCACUGAAAUAGCCAGUCAGCAGCCAAAAGGACCUUCCUCUCCUCUAAACAGCGUUUAUGGGCAUCUGGGCUUGAAAGUAGCAGGGAGUCCACCACAACCAACAGCUGCCUGCAGUCAAUGUGCCCUGUUACUAUGAUCACAAUUAUCUUUUUACUAAUGCUUUAAUAUGUGACCAUCUUUCUUCCAUAGGACCAUGCUAAUUUUAAAGCCAUAACUGAAGCUUUAGGCAUGGGUUAUUCUGGGUCUUUUGUCUAGAUUCUGGUGUGCAAGAGGAUGGAUUAACCAAAGCUGCCAUCUUUCCAUCCAAAGUCUAAGAGCUGGACACUCUGACCCCUCCCUCUCUCCUUAACAGUUGCAGAUUUUAAAGUCAUCGCAAUUAGGAAAGGAAUAUGAUAAGACAAGGAAAUAUCAAAGAAAUAAAUCAGUGAGAGGUUUUCUUAAAUGCAGAUCACAAAUUCUAGCUCAAUGAAACCAACAGGGCCAAAUACCUUCUUAGAUUGUGAAACCACAUUUUUUAUGUCACUCAAACCUAAAGGAAGUAAGGAAAAGUAAACUGUGGAAGGCUGAUGAAUGUGGUUUAGAUCUCUAUCUCAGGUUGCCAAGGACUGAUACUUUCAAGCCCUGAUUGAUGAGAUAUACUGAAGCCGUGUACGUUUUUUAUCAGCAUGAACAGACACACAAGUGACUUUACUAUGGAGAGGCAUUAAUCUCUUUAUAAUUUGUCUUCCAUUAAAAAGCCCUCUUUUAUCACCUCUAUAGCUCUUGCUUGGAAAAUUUGUGUGGCCUGAGAGUAGUUAUAUUUACUCUCAACAUGAAGGAGAAUGCUUGUGCAAACCUUGAAGAAAAUUAAUAAAGGUGUUUUGGAAUCAGUCAUUUAAAAAAAUCACCAUGCUUUGAAAUUCUGAUUUUUGGCUAACAUUUUUGUCUAGCUGAAAAACAGCUUGUUACUCCCCUUUCAAACUUUCCAUAUACACCUCUACCUCAACAUAACGCUGUCCUCGGGAGCCAAAAAAUCUUACCGCAUUAUAGGUGAAACCGUGUUAUAUUGAACUUGCUUUGCUCCGCCGGAGCGCGGAGCCCCGCCCCACCGGAGCGCUGCUUUACCGCGUUAUAUCCAAAUUCAUGCUAUAUCAGGUCGCGUUAUAUCGGGGUAGAGGUGUAGUUAAAUUCCCCUGAAAAUUCAUGCACCCACUUUGUUGAAGAAAGUGUAAUUAAGCAAAGUUAGUAACAGUGUUUUGUUGUGCAUCAUGCAUCCUGAUCUUGCUCCCAUUGAUGUCACUCUGAGUAAUAGGCCCAGUCCUGUUUUCAUGGAUGACAAUAGGCAUUUUUCAUUGACUUCUGUUGCAGAGGGAUUGCACAUGAUAUAUAUAAGAGCAUACUGCUCUAUCAGCUUGCUGCAGCUUAGAAGGCGGACAAGGAGUUGCAACUAGGGUCCCAUUGAAAGGCUGAUUUUUGUAUAAAAAAAUAAAUAAAAGAUACAUUAUUAAGCUUUCAGUUUUUAAAUUAUUAAGUCUCAUUGACAACUGGAACAUUUUCUUUACAUUUUGUGAAUUGAGUGAGCAUUUGUUAAGAUUAAAAGACUUUAAAAUCACUCCUUUUUAAAAUGUUUGCAAGUUUCCAAUCUGUCCAACUUUGUGCCUUCUGCCUGCCCAAGCAAGUAACGUUGCAUCACAAAAUGUGAUACAAGAAGCAGUUUUCAAGGCCAAGAAUAGUCAAAUGUCUAUGAAGUGCCCAUUAUUUCAAAAUUAUACCUGCUUCUGACAGUGAAGGCAACAGAGGGGAAAAAAUCAUGGCCACAAGCAAUAUUUUUCUUUUAAAAAGUGAAAAGAACGAGUCAAGUUACCUCUCCUUCCGCAUCCUCUACAGGACCAUUUUCCAAAUGAGAGUAACAGAGUUUAAACAAGUUGCCAAAGGAGGCUUUUGGUGGAUCCCAGAAUAUAGCGCUCCUCCCCCAGCUCUCUGAAAUGGUAAAACCACGUCUUCUCACUAGACCACAGUACCUCUCCUACAGAUUGCUUCAAGUCUCUGUACUUAUGUCAAGUGUAAAAUGGGCUACUAAUGCUUAACCACCUUUGUAAGGUGUGUUGAGGUCUUAGGAUGAACAAGUGCUUUGUAAAUGCAAAACUUUGUUAGCCACGUUUUUUCAGAUGGGGUAAGACAGACACAGAGGUUCAGUGAGGUGUCUAGCAGGCACUGCAUCCUACUGGCUUAGCUGCUGCUUGUGCAAUCAGGAGAUGUGGUUUUCUAUCCUUGGAUCGGACAUGUCAUGUGCUAUGACUCUUUAGCAGUGUUUGGAGUGAAGGUCAGGUGCACUGUACUUGUAUGCAUCACUAACAUAGCUACCUAGUGAAUGUGCCUAAGUUGUCAGGUCCACAUGGAAGGAGGCAGGGCUGUCUCUGCAGGAUGCAUUGUUAGCUAGACCUGCACAACUCACUCCUUUAUUUUAAUAAGCAGGUGGCACAUUCAUCCCACUGAUUUAAAACACUAUCUUCAUUUACCUGCACACAAGAGAAAAUGAAAGGUUAAAAAUAAACAAAACCUGGGUCAUUCUGAAAACAAAAAAACUUCACUAAAAAAAGUCCCGUUAAGGAUGCAAAUUAGCACCAAUGAACUGACCAAGCACAUUUACAAAAUCCAAGCAUUUAAAAAGAAAGAAACAAAUAGCUAUGACAAUCUUAAAUCUUACACUGCCCACAUAACAGACCCAAUCCUACAAUCAGAUGCAGCAGGGCAAACCUUUCAGCUCACAUGGAGCUCCAUUGAAAGCAGUGGGGAUCUGAACAUAUCUGAUGUGAAAGAUCUACACCACACACUAUUUUCACAGAUUCGAGUUAUAUUGAUCCCCACCAUCCCCUUCCUUUGGCCAGACCUACUUGUGACUGGUCAUUCGCAUAUGCUAUGCCCACCCCAACCAGUCUGUCUACCCACAUGCCUUGAACAUGUCAGGACCCUUGUACCUGCAUGAGAAUCAGGAUGCAGUAGUUUUCACUCAGGAGGCUGGUGGUACCAACUUUAAGUUUUUCCAGACACCUUAGUAUUUUGCCAAAUGCAACCAUAGGA